CUGAAACAAUCUCAGAUGACUUCAAGUAUUUUAUGGCAUACUGGAUAAGAGAAGACCAUGGGUAGGCCUAAAGAAACGACCAAGGACACCCAUGUCUGUGGACUCACCUGCCUGGGUCCUCUGACCUUCCACCCUGGGGCCGUGGGUAAGAAGAUCACCCUCAGCCAUGGGACCUGCAGGGCCUCGAGAGACUUGGAGACCUUCAGGGACGGCCUGGUGUUCAGCAGUCGCCCAGUGAAGCCCAGGGAGAAGGUCCAGUUCCGGGUGGAGCGCAGUCUUCUAGCCUGGGAUGGCGGUGUGCGAAUCGGCUUCACUAAUGUACGCCCUGCUGCUGGACCACUUCCACCCAUGGCCAUUCCUGACCUCACAGACAAGCUUGGAUACGGGGUUAUGCAAGUGCCUCAGAGGUACUGCCCACCUGGUACCAUGAUCACCUUCUGGAUGGAUCCGACUGGAAAUCUGUGUUACAAGACAUCCACUGGAACAUUCGACUGUAAUCAGACUGAUUUGGACCUCUCUCAGCCUCUCUGGGCUAUUAUUGAUGUCUAUGGCCAGUCAACUACGGUGCUUUUACUUGGUUCUGUCAGGCGAACUUCUCUGGUUAUUAAAAAAUCCUGCCCCAUACCUCGUAGCACAUUUAAAUGUGGAUAUGAAGAUAAUCCACCUGAGUUAAAGAAAAGGAUUGAGGUGACUCAAAAGAAGAAGAAACAGCAUCAAGAGGCCCAAAGCAACAAUGCCAGUUCUUUGACAUUGGGGUGCAGGCAGGAGGACUUGUGUGCGGUGUGUCUGGACCAUGAAGCUUGUCUGGCCCUCCGCUGUGGACAUCGCUGCCUGUGCCUCCCCUGUGCUAACAGGGUGUUUGCAGAGUUCGGCACAUGUCCACUGUGUCGGCAGAUUAUCUAGAAUUUUCUGAAUGUGGAGCUGGCAACUUACACAAAAACCCAUAAGGACAUUGACUGAUUUCAGUCCAGGCACAUUUGGAAGAUAAUAGCAUACCCCACCAUACCUCAAGCAGUAAUGCAUGUUGUUUCAUUGUACAGCAUUUUCAGGACUCCCUUGAGGAAGAAGUGUUUUCAAG